GAAAGCCGAGGCCACGGCCCGAGGAGCAGACUUGGCGCUCACCCACUUGACGACUUCCUGAAGGAGAGGUUGAAACCGUUCCUACAUCCAAACUCGGGAUCACUCCUGGCGCACUCUGAAGAUUAUAUGGGGUACCAGGGAUCAAACCCAGAAUGCAAGUGCCGGCGGACAAGAUGUCGACCAAUGUGUUCUCAUUAGACUUUGCUGAUGAUGACAUGAAAGAAGCACGACCCAAUUAUGAGUCAGCCAAGGGAAACAAACCAUAUAAGGUGUUUUUCAGAGAUCUCUUCCUUUUCAAAGAAAAUGAGUUGGAAGCCAAGAAAAAGGAAAAAAUUAUAAGCCGCAACAUGAAAGUCUAUGAAAAGUCUACAUUUUCCUCCCGAAUGAAGAGUCGUUCUCAUCUGAGCCAGAUAGCAUUCCGUGGUGACACGAUUGGUUCCUUCGAAAAAUUUGGGCUUGAUCCCAGUCUUGUCCUCAGAUUAGCAGAAGGUACGGACUCAAAAAGGACUGUUUUUGAAUUUAUUAAGGAUCAGAGAGACAGGUUUCGCCUUGAGUACGCCCUGAGUACCAAAAGAAAUGCCAUAAAAAACUAUGAAAAAAGCAUGGCCAUGAGGGAAAGGCAGCUCAGGAAAGCAGAAAAAAGACUCCAAGAUGACGCAAUUGCUUUUGAAGAAUUCCUUCGAGAAAAUGACCAGAGAUCUGUAGAUGCUCUUAAAACGGCAGCACAAGAAACUAUUAAUAAACUCCAGAUGACAGCAGAGCUGAAGAAAGCCACUACAGAAAUGCAGGCAGUCAAAAGUGAAAUAGCAAAAACAGAAUUCCUCCUUAGAGAGUAUAUGAAAUACGGAUUUUUUCUGCUGAAGCUAUCUCCAAAGAAGUGGCAAGUCCAGCAAGCAAUGAAAAGGGCACAGAAAUCCAUGACUUCAGACAGUGUGGCAUUUCUUCUUCCAAGAAUAUUAAGAAUAAUUUCAAAGAAAACUGAGGACAGUAUUGAGGAGCCCCGGCCGUCUUUCACUUCAGACGAGACUUCAAAAGGAAAAGCGACCAGCCCGGCAGGAAAAGCAGCAAAAAAGUUUAUUCAUACUUUACAGAUGAAGAAAUCUGUGCCAAAGACACCAGAGAGCAUCAGCUCAGAAGACAGCCUGGAAUUCUUUCUAGAUGAUGAUAUGGACUACGAUCUGGAGCCAGAGAUUUAUUUCAAAGAGCCAGAUGAAUUGCUUCACGUCCUCACAGAGCUGGAAGAACAGAAUCUUACUUUGGUCCAAUACUCCCAAGAUAUAGAUGAAAAUCUCGAAGAUGUAAAUAAAAGAGAAAAAAUUAUACAGGAUAAAAUAAAUGACAACAUAGCGUUUAUUUUGGAGCAGAAGGAACUGCUUCGGGCUAACUGUGUGAGAGAAGAAGAAAAAGCUGCAGAACUGGAAUUAAGGUCCAGACUAUUUAGUUUUGGAGAAUUUAAUUCAGAGGCCCAGGAAAAACUGAUCGACUCUCUUAGUAAAAAAAUUAACCAAGUAUACAAAGUGUGUAUAGGAGAUGCUGAGGUGGGCAGCCUCAACUCUGUUCAAAAGCUGGUGAAAGUUGAGUCGCGUUUGGUAGAACUGAGUGAUCUCAUUGAUUCCAUCCCCCGAGAAAACGUGGAGGCAAUCGAGAGGAUCAAACAGAAAGAAAGGCGGCAAAAGUUGCGUGAAGAGAAACUGAAAGAAAAACAGCGACACCAGGAGGAAAGACUAAGAGCUGCCCUGGAAAGAGCAGUGGCACAGCCCAAGAAAAAGCUGGGAAGACGACUUAUCUAUCGUUCAAAGCCUCCUUCUGGUAACAAAUCUGAGCUACUUUUAGUUAAGGACUCAAGAGGAAGAGCAAUGCAGGACGACUACUUUUUCUCCUGA